AUGGGUACAGAUUGUACCCCAAAAGCUGGAAAUGGACGAGCUCAACGCUCAGCUGCAGUCGUCCGGUCUCCAAUGGAUCCGGUCUGUUGUACUCGAGUCUGCCGAAUGAGUUGUGCGGCUCGUUUAACGACUCGUCAAUUUGCCGGGACUCGACAAUUGUCGUCUGCUCGUCUCCUCAACGUUGUGCGGACAUUUUGGCCUGCCCAUGGGUCAACCAGUCCCGCUCCACCCUCAGGCAUCAUCAUCAUCAUCAUCAUCAUCAUCAUUAUCAUCAUUAUCAUUAUCAUCAUCCUCAUCCCACCUUGCGAGUUCCACUGCCUUAUCAGGACGGCUUCUUUGUUCCCCUAUCGCCCUGGACCAGACAUUGAGACAGAGUACAACAUGGACAAUCGCGAGCCCAAAGACUGA